ACUGAGAAACGAAACUAAGGCUUGCUGAAUGCUUCAGGGAGAGGCAGCCAUGGCAGCGAGGGGCUCUCUGACGGACCUUUGCAAUGAAAUGAGCUGCCCCAUCUGCCUGGAGUACUUCAGGGAGCCCGUGAUUCUAGACUGCGGGCACAAUUUCUGCCAAGCCUGCCUCACCCAGUGCUGGGGGGAGUCGGGCACAGGGGCUUCCUGCUGCCCGGAGUGUCGAGAAACGUUUCAGCAAAGGCAUUUCAAACCCAAUAGGCAUCUGGCAAACGUGGUAGAAAUAGCCCGGAAACUUCAGGAGGGGAAGUUAGCAGAAGGGACGAGGGGAGUGUGCGAGAAGCACCAGGAGCCCCUGAAACUAUUUUGCAACGACGAUCAGGCCCCCAUCUGUGUGGUGUGCGACAGAUCCAAAGAGCACAAGGCUCAUUCUGUGGUUCCUGCCGAAGAAGCUGCCCAAGAAUAUAAGGAAAAAAUUAAAAUCCUGCUGAUGUCUCUGGAAAAAAAGAGAGAACAGUUUGUGAACUGGAAAGAGAUUCAAGAGUUGAGAAGCCAGGAAUUUAUGUUAGAAGAAGACAAGCAGAAAGUCAGGUCUGCCAUUGGAAGGAUGCAUAAGAUUCUUGAGGAAAAAGAGCAUGAAUGGCUGUCCCAACUGGAAGAGAUGGAGAAACAGAUGGAGAAGAAGAAGGAAGAAAAUGUUGGGCGGCUCUCUGAGGAAAUUUCCCAUCUCAGUCGCUUGAUCACAGAAAUGGAGGGGAAGUGCCAACAGCCAUCACAUGAGUUCCUGCAGGACCUGAAAAGUACCUUGAAUAGGUAUAAGAAAGAACAAGUGGAGCAUGCAGUGGGCCUUUCUACCUGGUUGCAGUGGAGACUCACAGCUUGCUCACAGAAGUGUUCUGCUUUAGGAAAGGCUGUAGAGAAAUGUGCAGAAUCUUUGGAAGAAGUCCUGAAGGAAGAAUGUCUGGAGGCUCUGGAUCAAGCAUUAAACAAAGGGUCACUGAAACGAAUGCGACACAGAGUGAAUGUGAUUCUUGAUCCGGACACUGCCCAUCCCUGCCUUAUUGUGUCUCCAGAUCUGAAGAGUGUGAGAUGGGGAAGCAAAAAGCAUGACAUUCUUGACAGCCCUGAGCAAUUUGAGAAUAUGUUCUGUGUACUGGGCCAUGGAAAGUUCUCUUCAGGAAAACACUGGUGGGAAGUGGAGGUGGAAGUAGAGGAAAUGGAGGAGGCGAAGAUGAGGGCACUGUGGGCUGUGGGGGUAGCACCAGAUUCUGUGAUGAGAAAGGGAGGGAGGACAGUCCCUACUCCUGAAGAAGGGUUCUUGGUUGUGGGGAAGCUGUUUACUGGUUCAUUAUCAUCCGGUCAGCUCCAGGCUUUCACUUCACCUAACUGGACCACUUUGACCUUGAAUCAUGAGCCUAGGAAGAUCCGGGUGUCCUUGGACCAUGAAGAGAGCUGUGUAGAAUUUUUUGAUGCGGAUACAGAUGAUCUGAUUUUCACUUUCCCUUCAGCCUCAUUCUCUGGGGAGAUGAUCCGCCCCUUUUUCUUUUUGGCUGGGAAUAUCAGAAUGAAUUGCUAAAUUCUGAGUAGAAUUCCCAUCAUCCCAAAAUACGGAUUCUGAAGAGCCAGCUAGGAUCUUCAUGCUUUUCAGGAAGAGUAUUUGGUUCCUCAGACUCUGUGGAAGAAAUAAACAGAACCAAAAUUUGGGGGGAGGAAAGCUAGGUUUUGAAGCUUUCUUCUGUUGAACUGAAUAAACAGACUUUAUCCCCCCAAUAAAAAAAAAGACUGAAGAAAUGUUUUGCGGCAAGUUUUCUGUGUCUUGAACAUCUACCUGACUAGGACAAAUUCCACAGGGGCAGGCCACUUUUGACUUGCCUGUCAUGAGUUAUAGGCUCCCUGCCCUAAAAUAUAGGCGUGAGCCUUAGCAGGAAAGAAAAGCUAUCCUUGUUUAAACCCCCCCCCCCCCUUUCUGUUAAUAAAUGUGGUUAUUUCAAAACACUGUA